GGAGUUGCCCAUUAAUAGAGCUGGGGACUGCAGUGGGGGCGCUACAGCCAGGGAACCCAGCCCGGCAGCUGGCUAAGAUGGCGGCGGAAGCAGCUGCGGGGCCGCAGAGGGAGCUGGAUAACGGUUCCUUGGAGGUAACGCAGAGCACAGAAGAUGAUCCUCUACUCGAUGCACCACUUCUUCCACCUCAUGCAUUACAUUCCCAAUUGAGACCGAGAUUCCAUGCUAUUCCUACAGUCUUGGUUGCCAAUUUUCUGUUGCUUAUACAUGUUGCUUUUGUUGUCUUAGUAUUUUUAGCAGGUAUAUAUUGUUCUUAUGUAAACCCAAAUGAGGAUGAAUGCCCUGGAAACUACACCAACCCACUUAAGGUGCAAAGUGUCAUAAUCAUUGCGAAGGUAAUUCUGUGGAUUCUGCAUGUUGUCUUUGAACGAUAUGUUCAGCAUCAUCAUGGUAAAGUCAGAUGCAGAGGAUACCUCCUGAUCUACCGAUCAACAAGACAUCUUAAAAGGCUGCCACUCCUUAUACAUUCUACAGGAAAUGCAGCCUUGCUUCUCAUACUGUCAGCUCAGCAUUCCUUUCCUAACUACAGUAAGAAGUAUCUCUACCUUAUCCUUGGAGUCUUGUGUCUGGAGCUGAUUUGUUCUUUGACAUGCAUAGUCAUUUACACAGUGAAAAUAAGCAAUUUCAACAAGGCAAGGCCAAGGCCUGAUAUAAUUGAAGAAGAAAAGAUGUAUGCUUACCCCAGUCACAUUACCUCAGAGAUUGGAUUCAGGGAAAGUUCAAGUUUGGAAGAAAUAGUUGAAAAGCAAGGAGAUGUGAUAGACUAUCUCCAACGACACAAUGCGCAGCUCAGCAAGAGACUACUAGCACUAACAUCACAGCAAAUCAGAGGUUAGAGAUAUUCAGGAAGCUGCUACUGCAUUUUAAGAGGAAUCCAAAGCAAUGUAAUUUGAUCUGGAGGACAGAUAACUCCACUUGAGACUUGUACUACUUCCAUUAAAGACAGUAAUCACGUUGGAAGUAUGAAUUCUAUUAAAGUGUAAAAUCUGCAGCAGGAGAUGCUGUCUAUUUUGAACAAACACUUUCUCUGAGGAUAUUAACUUUUGCUGGGCUAAAGAUGGACCUGAGCUCUCUGACUAAACUUUGUUUUAAUGUUGUUCAAUUGAGAUUUUUUGCACUGCUGUAACAAACUCCAAACUACCAAACUCUUCCGUGCUUCUAAAACUCAAACAUUUGUUUUCCAGAAACAUUGCAGGGUAUGGCCCCUCCUGACUUUCUGGGUUUCUUAUGGUAGAGGCUGAGAUGAACUCAAGUAUUGUAACAUGCUAUAACAACUGUGCUCAUUGAGUUUUUAAAAGCUAUUUAUUUCAAUAUUCCCUAAACACACUUCUACAGUUGGAGUGGAAGAGUCUAUAGGGCAAAUUGAAGAAACUCAGUUUCUGGAUCAGUGUCUUCUGCUGUUUGGGGUUUGUUUUUUUUUUUGUUUUUUGUUUUUUCUUUGCCCUAAAAAGGGUAACUACACAAAUGUGGAAUUGAAGCAAAGAUGAAGAAUCAGGUGUUUGGUCUAAAACGCAUUUCUCCUUUGUAUGCAGGAAAAGUAGGAUUUCACUUCACUAAGCAUAGUAUGUAAAAACUAGGUUUGCAGACAUUUGAUCAAAUUGAUGGCUGAUCAAGCAUCUAAACAAAAUUUCAGUGUACAAUGUCUAAAACUGAUUUUUAGAGCUGUCCUAAGUAUUUGUGGCUUUUUUGCUGAACUUUUUCCCCAGGAACUAUUCUGCAUUAAAUAUAAAUAUUUGGAGAGAGCUUUUUUGUAUACUAUACUCUAUAAACUUCAUGUUGACUCUUUAGUUCAAUAUAUGAGAAUUUACAGUAUUUAUUCUUCCCCCCCCCCGCCCUUAGGAUGGUGCACUGUUAAGUUAGAUGCUGUAAAAGAUGCUACUAUUGCAGUUGCAAUGAUAGCAGCUUAUACAGUUUGACAACCUUUCUCUAAAGUGUUGUCAUUUUUCGCUCUGAAGCCAAUGGGGUCAUACCAUGAAUGGGAGUUGAAAAUUCUAAUCCAUUACUCAAUGUCUGUCUGUAAACUUCCACCUCUAUGUACUUAGAGUGAAUUCUCUAGAGAAGCUAGUCUUUAAGCCUGAACACUUGCCUGCUCAGAUGGAAGUGGAGUAUACCCAGACCACUCCUUGAAACUUUAUGUUAAAAGCCAGAGAACCAUUCUCUUCUGAGUUUCUGCCACCUUGUUUUCCAUACCUUACCCUACCCAUUGUGUAUCCCUACUCAGUAUUUCAUGGAGAGACAGGCUAGCCUCUGGGCAAAGUAGGAAGAAUCUCAGUAUAAUGCUGGGAGUGGUGGUCAUCUCAGAACACCAAAGGAAAACUACCCCAUCUUGUCUUGGUUCUGGGACACAACUUAGUGUCCAAUUCUAUUGUAAUCAUUCAGAGUAAUUAAUAACAUAUGAUACUUGUAGUUGAGGGACAAUAGGAAAAUUGGAGACCUGCUGCUAUCCAACAUUGUUCUUUUCUCCCUAGCUGUAUUUUUCAAAAUACAGCUGAUUUUAUACUGAAUAUUUGAGGGAUAUAUGAAUCUUUGUUUUUAGAACACUCAGGUUUUGAUGUAACUGCGUAUAACUUUGUACAUAUAUCUGUCUGAAAAGCUGAGAAUGUGACUGAAGUUCAUGCACAAUAAAUGCAAUUGAGGAAAAGUUUAAAGCCUUUCAUUACAAUGAUCCUAUCUACUCUUCAAAUAUUUAAAAUGGAAUCUCUUAAUUUAAGGAUUUUGGACCAGUCUGGAAAAGCAAGAGUUGGAUAUUGCCAUUUAAUCUGUAAUACCAGACAGCAGCAUUUAGAUGGAGAAGGCACUUUCCUAAACUGCUGAUCGCAGUAAAACCCUGCAAAGAGGAAGAACAGGAUCUACUCAUUUAUGAAUACUCUAGGUGCCUAUGUUCUAAAGGUAACAUGAGGGCUAGUAAAAACUUCUUAAGGACAUCUCUCUCCAGCAAGUUCCUACAAAUGUGGUGGCAGCCUUAUCUAUCAUGAAUAAGUUCCUCUAAACUCCUGCUGCCCAGAAAAUAGUAAGUUUGGAUUAGCUUGAUACAGCUGGUUUCUACCGGAGCAUCCUGCUGAAGUUAGCUUGUAGCAAAGUAUUUAGGUGAUACCAUUGUCACUUACUUGGCUGUCCUUUAAAGCAAACUUCUCCACUGCAUCAGUGGAAGAAACUAUUGCACAUGGCCCAUUAGAGUAAUACUUGGUACUAAGCCAUGUGGGAAACCUACCUAAGUGAGAGGAUAGCCCAAGCAGAGCACUUGAUGGCUUCGCUUACAGUGAAUCCUCUAGCUCCACACCGAUGGAGAAACUUUAAGAUCUGAAUGAAGUGCUCGCAGACUAGAAUCUAGCACUUCUUCACAAUCUCACUGGAACUAGGGCUUGGUCUACACUUGGAACCUAUGUCGGUAUAACUACAUUGCUCAGGGGUGUGGAAAAUCCACACUCCUGGGCAAUGUAGUUACACCAAUCUAACCCUAGAUGUAAAGUGUGCUAUGUCAAUGGGAGGGCUGCUACCACAUCCUGGGGAAAUAGAGUUCCUACACCAAUGGAAGUAGCUCUCCCAUUGGCAUAGGUAGCAUCCUCAUUAAGUGCUGCAGUGGUGCAGCUUCACCACUGCAAGUGUAAACAAGCCCUCGGUUUUGUUAUUACUGUGUAAUAAUAGGAGAUUGAAUCUUAAAUUCAGAUUUGGUUCAGCUAUAGCUGCCUUCUGUGACCUCAGUUUCUUUUCAGUCCUGUUCUGAGACUUAAUUGCUCAAUCUCUUACAAGCUUCCUUUAGAGGAUCCUAGGAAAACAAAUCAUAAGAGGUCUUUGAGCCUUGUUAGGGGUGAGUCUGGUGGCUCAGACAAUGGCAGAGGGCAAAAAGGGACAGGAGGGGCUAGGUACCACGAGGUUUCCAGCCCCCAAAGGAUUUCCAGAGUGGGCUGGAGAUCUUGUGAGAUUUUGCAGGAGAUUUGGAACCAUGAUAGAAGCUCUGUACUUAAGGCCACUUCCUGUGUUUUCUAGUAGACAGAGUAUGGAGAUAAUCACAUGGAUUAGAGGCAGCAGUUUGGCAAUGACCAAAACCAACUCAAGUAUGCAGGGCAUGUGGUUGGCCAACUGCAGCAUUGGGACCAAGAACCUGUGGGGCAGCAGAUGGGCUAACAGACCUGGGGCAGCUGCUUGAUGCAGGGGGCUCUGUUGCCUAUGCCAGGUGGGAAAGCAAUGGGGGAAAAGUCAGGAAGGCAAGAGGAAACAGCAAAAGGCUAGGAAGGGAACCACAUCCUAAACAGCCAGGGUUAGGGCAACUCGUGGUGAUAACCUGCAGCUGGAAAACAAUGCACAGGCACAAUGCAACACCUCUGUCCUUGCAGCAGAGUGAUUUCACAAACAAUUGGGGCCCACUAUGAGGGCAGGGGGGAGGCCCCAGGUUCCAGCCUCCUCGGUGGGUGUGUUUUGAGUUCAGCAUAUUCUUUCACUGAGGCCUUAUGAUCUCAGGUGAACGCAUCUGGUGGAAGUAAUGGGAGGAGCUCCAGGUGGCUUCAGGGUCUGGCCUGUAGGGAACCAUAAGAGGACUGAACAGCAGGUCACAGAACACACUCUUCAGGUAUUGGAGAUGGAGGAGGGGGAACCCAAGGCCUGGGCUUUCCAGCAUCUCAACAAAUGGCCUUACAUCUUCCAGCCAACAGGCUCCCUCAUUCCCAACCCUACAGCCUUGGGUUCUGUCUGUCUCUGUCCUCCCCCUUCCCCCCCCCCCCCAUUGGCUCUCUACAGCAACCCAUUGGGUCAUAAGAAUGGUCAUACUGGGUCAGACCCAGUGGUCCAUCUAGCUCAUUAUCCUGUCUUCCAACAGCGGCCAGUACCAUGUGUUUCAAAGGGCAUGAACAGAACAGGGCAAUUACCGAGUGACCUAAGCCCAGCUUUUGGCAAUUGGAGGUUUAGGGUCUACUAAUAUUGGUCUGAAUCCAGUGUCUUAUACAGCUGUUACUGAUCAGUUGGGGGCCCAUCUUCUCCGGUCAAUAUGUGAGAAGAUAUGGCAGGCAGAGUAUAUGGACAGCAGCUCAAGUCCACUCAGAGGGUGGCUGGUGCCACACAGCUAAAAAGAGCAACAUAUCUAAUUAACUUGGGUGGUUUAGCCCCUCUUUUCAGGAAUUACAGCAAGAAGGAGGAUUCCAUAUACACCUCUACCCCUAUAUAACGUGACCUGAUAUAACAUGAACUCUGAUAAUGCGGUAAAGCA